AUGGGGAAGAUCACCUUCUACGAGGACCGGGGCUUCCAGGGCCGCUCCUAUGCGUGCAGCAGCGACCACUCCAACCUGCAGCCCUACUUCAGCCGCUGCAACUCCAUCCGUGUGGACAGCGGCUGCUGGAUGCUCUAUGAGCACCCCAACUACCAGGGGCACCAGUACUACCUGCGCCGCGGCGAGUACCCCGACUACCAGCAGUGGUUGGGCUUCAACGACUCCAUCCGCUCCUGCCGCCUCAUCCCCCACACCAGCUCCCACAGGAUCCGGAUCUAUGAGAGAGAGGACUACAGAGGCCAGAUGGUGGAGAUCACAGAGGACUGCUCCUCACUCCAGGACCGCUUCCACUUCAAUGAGAUCCACUCCCUCAACGUGCUGGAAGGCUCCUGGGUUCUCUAUGAGUUGCCCAAUUACCGGGGGCGGCAGUACUUGCUGAGCCCGGGAAACUACAGGCGGUACCACGACUGGGGGGCCAUGACUGCCAGAGUGGGCUCUCUGAGGAGAGUCCUGGAUUUCUAUUGA